AUGCCAUUCUCUUUCAGCCUGUGCAUUGUCCUUGACAGCGAGCUCACUAUCCUGCUUGUCCCUCGCCCCAAUCCCACUGUCCCUUCAAUGUCCGUUCUCGAUGGACCCUUAGAUUUGCAGCAGGUAUCUCCCCUACAAGAAAAAUCCCAACACAUGCAGGAGCUACUUGCUGAAGCUCAGCUGGAAGCUGGGCAUGAUUCCCUUGAGACCAUGGACUUCAGAGAUGAGACCUAUGAUGAUAGUGGCCACAUAGAUGACUUAGUUGAGGACGAGCCUGUGAGCGGCCCCCUUCCAUCUGAAUUUUUCAAGAUGUGCUCUCGAGAACAGGACCCUCAAUUACGCAGAUGCAUUGAUGUGCAGACCCAAAGACAGCAUCACCAGCAUGCUAACACCGCUUGGAAGGAGCAGAUUCUCACCCUUGUGGAUGCCUACUUAGCAUGGAAACAUAGGGCGGUAACUGUUGAUGACAAUACUGUCACAUCUAAUAUAUUCCAUGUUGAUGCUGUUGGAAUUAUGGGUGCUGUUUCAAUCUCUUAA